GGUCAUGUGGAUAAUGUUUUAUUUAUUGAUAUCUAAUAUUAUAAAUUAACUUGGAAUUAAAGCAUCCACUUCUUUUCUUGGAGAUAAACCUUACGUAGCUCUGGUUAGCGUGGAGCUUACUGUGGAGAUUAACAGAGCUGACUCUCGGUUCUGCCUUCUCAGUCUGAGGUUAUGUAUACGCUGACUUUGGAUUCUGAAAUCUUUGUUUUUAAAAUAAAAAAAAGGGAAGGUCAUAACAUUUGCCAAGAUGUCCAAAAACCUCUUCGGGAUCUUCAGAUUCUUUCAUUUAUGUGUUUUUCAAAAAUUAUCAAUCAGCCACCCUCUGUCUGCCAAACAGUAAAGCCUGUCUUGUGUGGCGUAUGUAGCAGGUGAAUAGUAACCCUUUCAGUUAUACAAUUCACAACUUCAUGGCUGUGAGUACUCGCGGCUAUCAUGGAUGGAUAGCGGCAAGUUCGUCUUGACUUUUCAUUCCUCUCGCACUGGGGAGUUUGUGGCUCUGAGUUACUGAUUUCUUUAUGCUUGACAGUCUCAUAAUCCAGUAUAUUGUGAUUAUUUUGAUACACUCAUUACCGUCUGAUAUUUCCCCUUCCUUUCUGGAACCCUGUGGUUAUACCAAUAGCAAAAGCUAACUCCCAACUCCAGCAAACAUGAACAGUUACUGCUCCUUUAGAAAGGAUGGAGCUUCAUGGGCACCUCCUGUUUCUAUGGUAGAUAGCUGGAGGGUCCAAUCUUGUGCAGGUAUAUAGCGUUAUGUAUUCAUGGCUACAAUUGCAGCUUCAGAAGUAGAUGACAGCUUCCCCAAUUCUUAGUUUCUUAAAUUCUUUCUGCCUUCAUUUCUGCACUGUACCUUAAGUUGUGGUUGGUGUGUGUGAUACGGAUGUCUAGUUUAAGAGUAAGGGCUCAUCAUUUACUCUCGGAACUUUGACCAGAUAAAUUCUCUUGGAGGGUAGGCUGGGGCAGUGGAAAUGUCUUGAGACAUUCUUUAAAUUUUCCUAAAGUCUCCUUGAUUGCUCUUCAUAACGUAUUGCUUAUCAAAAGAAAAUGAUAUUGGUUAAUCAAUAGACUCUAUUCCUUUCUUUUAAACACAGGAUUUCACUAUGUAGUGCAGAUCUUGUUAUUCUCAUGCCUAAGUUUCCCAUAGUUGGUUUAUAAGUGUGUCCUAACUCCCGAAUCAUUAUUCAUCUAGCUGUUCUCUAGCGUUUUGACUAUAAUAGACUCAGAUUCACGGACCCAGCUUCUGUUUACAACCAGUUCAGGUGGAUACCCGAAACCUUCUGGAAUAGGCCUUCGCGUUCCAUUCAGUCUGAACUACAUCUCCCGACAGCCUUUGCGCGCCCACCUCCAGCGUGGCGCGUGGCCUGCCGGGAGCGGGCUGGGAGGUGGCGGCCUAGCCCAAUGGGUGCGUGCUCCCGAGGAGAGGGCGGAGGAGAAAAGGAAGCAAGCGGGCUGCGGGCUGCGUCCCCAUUCAUUGCAGUGGUCUGCUGGGUUGGGGUCCAGUGUUUCCGGAGUCAUGGAGGCGCUGAUCCCGGUCAUCAAUAAGCUGCAAGACGUCUUCAACACCGUGGGCGCCGACAUCAUCCAGCUGCCUCAGAUUGUCGUAGUGGGAACUCAGAGCAGUGGAAAGAGCUCAGUGCUGGAAAGCCUAGUGGGGAGGGACCUUCUUCCCAGAGGGACUGGUGUGGUCACCCGGAGACCUCUUAUUCUGCAGCUGGUCCACGUUUCACCAGAAGAUAAAAGAAAAACAACAGGAGAAGAAAAUGGUAAAUUUCAGAGCUGGAACCCUGCUACAUGGAAAAACUCAAGACACCUUUCUAAAGGAGUUGAAGCAGAAGAAUGGGGUAAAUUUCUUCACACCAAAAACAAGCUUUACACAGAUUUUGAUGAAAUUCGACAAGAAAUUGAAAAUGAAACUGAAAGAAUUUCAGGAAAUAAUAAGGGAGUAAGCCCUGAGCCAAUCCAUCUCAAGGUUUUCUCGCCCAACGUUGUCAACCUGACGCUUGUGGAUUUACCAGGAAUGACCAAAGUACCUGUAGGUGAUCAGCCCAAGGAUAUUGAGCUUCAAAUCAGAGAACUUAUUCUUCGGUUCAUCAGUAAUCCCAAUUCCAUUAUCCUUGCUGUCACUGCUGCAAAUACAGAUAUGGCAACGUCAGAGGCACUUAAGAUUUCCAGAGAGGUAGAUCCAGAUGGGCGCAGAACUCUAGCUGUAAUCACCAAGCUUGAUCUCAUGGAUGCGGGUACUGAUGCCAUGGAUGUAUUGAUGGGAAGGGUUAUUCCAGUCAAGCUUGGAAUAAUUGGAGUAGUUAACAGGAGCCAACUGGACAUUAACAAUAAGAAGAGUGUAACUGAUUCAAUCCGUGAUGAGUAUGCUUUUCUUCAAAAGAAGUACCCAUCUCUGGCCAACAGAAAUGGAACAAAGUAUCUUGCUAGGACUCUGAAUAGGUUACUUAUGCAUCAUAUCAGAGACUGUUUACCAGAGCUGAAAACAAGAAUAAAUGUCUUAGCUGCUCAGUAUCAGUCUCUUCUAAAUAGCUAUGGUGAGCCCGUGGAUGAUAAAAGUGCUACUUUACUCCAGCUCAUUACCAAGUUUGCCACAGAGUAUUGUAACACUAUUGAAGGAACGGCAAAGUACAUUGAAACUUCUGAGCUAUGUGGUGGUGCUAGGAUUUGUUAUAUUUUCCAUGAGACUUUUGGGCGAACCUUAGAAUCUGUUGAUCCACUAGGUGGCCUUAACACUAUUGACAUCUUGACCGCCAUUAGAAAUGCUACUGGCCCCCGUCCAGCUUUAUUUGUGCCUGAAGUUUCAUUUGAGUUACUGGUCAAACGUCAGAUUAAGCGUCUAGAGGAGCCCAGCCUCCGCUGUGUGGAGCUGGUCCACGAGGAAAUGCAGAGGAUCAUUCAGCACUGUAGCAACUACAGCACACAGGAACUGUUACGGUUCCCUAAACUCCAUGAUGCCAUAGUUGAAGUAGUGACUUGUCUUCUUCGUAAAAGGUUGCCCGUGACAAAUGAAAUGGUACAUAACUUAGUGGCAAUUGAGCUAGCAUAUAUCAACACAAAACACCCCGACUUUGCUGAUGCCUGUGGGCUAAUGAACAAUAACAUAGAGGAACAAAGAAGAAACAGACUAGCAAGAGAACUACCUUCCGCUGUAUCGCGAGACAAGUCUUCUAAAGUUCCAAGUGCUUUGGCACCUGCCUCCCAGGAGCCCUCCCCUGCCGCUUCUGCCGAGGCUGAUGGCAAGUUAAUUCAGGACAACAGAAGAGAAACUAAAAAUGUUGCAUCUGCAGGUGGUGGAAUUGGAGAUGGUGGUCGAAUUGGAGAUGGUGGUCAGGAACCGACAACAGGCAACUGGAGAGGAAUGCUGAAAACUUCAAAAGCUGAAGAAUUACUUGCUGAAGAAAAAUCAAAACCAAUUCCAAUUAUGCCAGCAAGUCCACAAAAAGGCCAUGCUGUCAAUUUGCUAGAUGUGCCAGUUCCAGUUGCACGAAAACUGUCUGCCCGAGAACAGCGAGAUUGUGAGGUUAUUGAAAGACUCAUCAAAUCAUAUUUUCUAAUUGUCAGAAAGAAUAUUCAAGACAGCGUCCCAAAGGCAGUAAUGCAUUUUUUGGUUAAUCAUGUGAAAGAUACUCUUCAGAGUGAAUUAGUAGGGCAGCUGUAUAAGUCAUCCUUAUUAGAUGACCUUCUGACUGAAUCCGAGGACAUGGCACAGCGAAGAAAAGAAGCGGCUGACAUGCUGAAGGCAUUACAAGGAGCCAGUCAAAUUAUUGCUGAAAUCCGAGAGACUCAUCUUUGGUGAACAGAACUGUUUGGUCUUCUACACUUUGCUGACUUGAACCUACUAGCUACUGCCUACCUGAGUAGAAAUUUAUUUAUGGACUUUUGUGUAUCGCAGUGUAUGAAUUUGCUUGUGUGAAGACUGGCUAUAAGCUGAAAAGUAUAUUAUUCAUUACAAGACAAAUCACAUGUUUAAUUCACAUUUUUCAAGUUUCCUAUGAUGUAUAUCAAGUCUGUCCGUUUCAGUCAAACUUACAAGAACAAUUGAUGUUCUAGUUGUACAAAGCAGUUUGCCUGUGCAUAUGAUGACCUGCGUAACCUUUUUUUAGUCUUAAAGCUGCAGCCGUAGUCCUCAAAGAGGAAGCUCCAGGACAUUUCAUGACUAUAAUGCAUGCACUAUUUAUAUAGACUGACCUGGCUUCAAAAGGUGGAGCCUGGCGAGUUCCUCACAUAAUCAAUGUAUCCACCUAUCCUUCAUUUUUAUAGUCUUAAAAAACAAACAAAAUUCUGAAACUUCUGCAGUUUUAGGAAAAAUAUAAGAUCUGAAAGACUCAUAAAGAUGUAGGAACAGACUGUGUAAUUAAUGGCUCCUGAGUCUAUACUGCCCUAAUGUUAGAAAGUAAAAUAUGCUUUGAUUCAAAAUAAGCCUGAAAAUAUAAAUUGACUUCCUGCAUUAAAAAUAACUAUUAGGAACUUUCUUAGUAACAAUAACUGGUCCUGUUAGUUUCUAAAUGACUCAGUGACAACCUAAAUUUCCCUAAUUUACAAGUACAUCGAUUGCAGUCCAGAUGCACCUUAGGGUGGGGCGCUGACUCUGGGCUCCGAGACUCAGUUAUGUGAGACCUAAAAGUCUACUCUGUAUCCACUGGUAAUGCUACUUUAUAGUUCCACACCAACAGAAUACAUUUGUCAAAGAAAAAUACCUGGACAUACACAUACACCUAAAAGCUUAUGGACUACUAAACUGUAUUCAGGGGUUGAGGAUUUACAACCUAUUUUGUGAAAACUGCCUGUGCAAUUCAAUUUCUGACCUAGCUGGGCAGUGGUGGUGCACACCUUUAAUCCCAGCUUUUGGGAGGCAGAGGCAGGUGGAUCUCUGAGUUCAAGGCCAGCCUGGUCUACAGAGUUGAGUUCCAAGACAACCAGAACUACACAGAGAAACCCUGUCUUGAACCCCCCUCCCCCCAAAAAAUUGAAACCUAAAUAGAAAUCUUUGAUGUAUCUAGUUUUCUCUGACCAAAUGAUACAUUUGUGUUAUAAAUACUAAAAUUCUUUUCAGGUCAGGCAUCUUAUGAAAUACUAUUAGCAAGGAAAACAAGAACAUGUUAUCUUUAGUUUAGAUGCCCAUUGAACCAUCUCAAAAACAAAGGCAGUCUGAUAACAGUACCAGCUUGACAGUGAGUAUACACUGCCUAAAUGUGUUAGCAUACUUAAGAAAAAUAUCCUGUUAUCUAACUAUUAGGUAUCCAUGGUUUAUUUUUUAAGAGAGAUGACCACCACUGUAGCCUUUUGAAUUUGUAAAGAGAAAGAAUGCACCUUUAUCCAACAUUUCAAAUAGAUUUUAAAAGGAAGAUGUUAGCUUUAAAAACGUGCUAUGAUAAUGUACUUGUUAGCACUACACACUUUGUACAAAGAAAAACAAGCAAGAAAGGUAGGGAAAUGAAAGCUUCCUUUGUGUACUUUUACACUAAGCUGUGUUCUGAAACAUGGAGAUAAUUUAUAAGACCACUGUAUGUUCUAUGUAAAUAAAAAUGCUGGUGUGAAAUGGCA